GUCAUACGUUUAUAUUCUAUUAGACAGGAAUUGGUAUGGUGUUUAUUAUUUCCUUGAUUUUUCUCAGAACAGGGAAAUGUAUUAAGAAAUAUAGUAGAAUUUCCAAUUUUGUAGCCCCUCAAUAAGAAUCCCAUAUAUAUUGUGUAUUUUCCGAUUGGUUAUAUAUAUUUUAGUUCCAAUAACUUUGAUAUCGUUGCCUUGCUUUUUUAUCCUUUUCAAGCUGUCAACUUACGCUCCACUACAGUUAUUUAACAAAUUGAUGAUUUGUGUUUCCGUGUCGUUUUCUUCUUAAGCAAUUACUGAUGUGGUCGUCCAUCAUAGGUAGUGGAGAUUCAACUUUCUUCUAUGAAAAGAAAAAAAUAAAAAUAAUAAUAACAAAAAAAAUUAACUACAUUGCGAAAAGAUAUCGAUGAAUUUGGGAAUUGAAAGCCAUAUGAAUUUCAUAGCUAUGCAAUUUGGAUGUCAUUGAACAGCAAGAGGUUACCACCAGUUUUGGAUGUGAUUGGAAAAGUCCAAUAGGUUACCAAUUAUGCAUAAAGAACUACUCUGGCGCGAGGUGGUUAUCACAAAUAGUCAUGAACCAAGUUUAAUAGAGUCAUGGACCCCAUGGUAGAUAUAACAACCCUAGUAUAUAUGUGUAUAAUACACACACACACACACACACACACACAUGGUCUACAUGCAUAAAUUUAUAUUAGAUUAGGCUUUCAGGUAUCAGGUUGAGGAUUCACAGAACAUCAAAAAGAACAUGAGAAAUGACUAGGCAACUAGUAGCACUAAAAAACACAUUUACCAGUAACGCUACUUUGAAAGAAGAAGAAUCAAAUAUAUUUAUUCACUGGUAAUUUGAUUCUUCUUCACUCGUCGUCCCAAACGCCUCAUUGCAAGACCUCUCUCUCUCUCUACUAGAAGAUUUUCAGUCUGCUUAACGAUGGAUUCUUCUAGAGCCUCCCUUCUGAAUGAAAUGCCAGUGGGUUUAGAUACAGCUAAUGAAGAAGAAUAUUCUUCUCAGUCUAAAUUGCUUCAACAAUUUGUAAAUAUCUCCGCCAUUGAUAAGGCUUGGACUUUUAAAUCUAACGACGGAAAGGGUUCCCAGGCUAUGUUUUCAAUUAGCCAACCAAAUCUUCUGGCCAAUAAGAGGAGGAAACAUAUUUUAUCCAGUCAUAUUUCAAAAGAAAGUAACGGUUCUGUUAGCUUUCAAUGGGCCCCAUUUCCUGUUGAGAUGACCGACAUCUCUAUUAUGAUUCCAUCACCAUCAGGUUCAAAGCUUCUCGUAGUUCGAAAUUCUGAAAAUGAAUCUCCCACUCAAUUUGAAAUUUGGGGCCCAUCUCAAUUGGAAAAGGAGUUUCAUAUUCCUCAAUCUGUCCAUGGUUCGGUAUUUUCAGAUGGAUGGUUUGAGGGAAUUUCUUGGAAUUCUGACGAAACUCUCGUAGCUUACGUUGCUGAGGAACCUGCUCCCUCCAAGCCUACAUUUAGUGGUUUGGGCUACAAGAAAGGUGGUUCCACAGAUAAGGACUGUGGUAGCUGGAAAGGUCAAGGGAAUUGGGAAGAGGAUUGGGGGGAAACUUAUGUUGGGAAAAGGCAGCCUUCACUAUUUGUCAUCAAUACUAACAGCGGAGAGGUACGCAUUGUUGAAGGAAUUGCGAAGUCGUUGAGUGUUGGACAAGUUGUGUGGGCUCCCUCAACUAAAGAACUACAUAAGUAUUUGGUUUUUGUUGGGUGGUCAUCAGACACAAGAAAGCUUGGUAUUAAGUACUGCUAUAAUAGGCCUUGUGCCUUGUAUGCAGUCAGAGCACCAUUUCAUGAAUCAGAAGCCAAAGAACCUCAAUCUCAAAAUAAUGCAACUAAAGAAGUAACCAUGCUCAAUUUGACUCAAAGCAUAAGUAGUGCUUUCUAUCCACUGUUCAGCCCAGAUGGGAAGUUCCUUGUGUUUUUAUCUGCACAAAGUUCUGUAGAUUCUGGGGCACAUUCUGCAACAAAUUCACUUCAUAGAAUUGAUUGGCCAACUGAUGGAAAACCCAGUCCAUCUGCAAAAGUUGUUGAUGUGGUUCCUGUUGUGGUUUGUGCCGAGGAUGGUUGCUUUCCUGGGCUUUACUGUUCAAGUUUCCUUAGUAAACCUUGGCUUUCUGAUGGAUACACAAUGAUUUUCUCUUCCUUCUGGGGUAGUACUCAAGUGGUUCUUUCUGUGAAUAUAUUGAGCGGAAAUGUAUCACGGAUCAGCCCUAGUGACUCAAUUUUUUCUUGGGAUGUCCUCACAUUAGAUGGGGACAAUAUUGUUGCUGUAUGUAGCAGUCCAGUUGACGUUCCCCAAAUCAAGUACGGUUAUUUUGUUGAGGAUGCAUCUUCACCUGCCUCAUGGGGUUGGCUAGAUGUUUCAAGCCCCAUAUACAAAUGCUCCGAGAAGGUUAAGUGUUUGCUCUCAUCUCGUCAAUUUAGUAUAAUAAAGAUUCCAGUCAGGGAUGUUUCUGAGGAUCUUACAAAAGGCGCCAGAAAACCUUUUGAAGCUAUAUUUGUACACUCCAAUUUCAAGAAAAAUGACAAGUGUGAGCCACUAAUUGUAAUGCUUCAUGGGGGGCCUCACACUGUCUCAUUGACGAGCUAUUCAAAGUCCUUGGCAUUCCUCUCUUCAAUUGGUUACAGCUUGCUGAUUGUAAAUUAUAGAGGUUCUUUGGGAUUUGGUGAGGAAGCAUUGCAAUCUCUUCCAGGGAAAGUUGGAUCUCAGGAUGUCACUGAUGUGCUCACUGCUAUAGAUCAUGUUGUUGACAUGGGACUUGCUGACCCAUCAAAAAUAACAGUACUUGGUGGUUCCCAUGGUGGCUUUUUGACAACCCAUUUGAUUGGCCAGGCGCCAGACAAGUUUGUUGCGGCGGCUACAAGGAAUCCUGCUUGUAACCUUGCUUUGAUGGUUGGUACAACCGAUAUCCCAGAUUGGUGCUACGUGGAGGCCUGUGGAGUUGAGGGGAAAUCUAGCUUUACAGAAGCAUAUCCAGCUGAACAUCUUGCUCUCUUUUACAAGAAGUCGCCUAUUUCACACGUCUCAAAGGUCAAGACACCUACGCUUUUUCUUUUAGGGGCUCGUGAUCUCCGUGUUCCAGUUUCUAAUGGUUUGCAGUAUGUACGUGCAUUAAAGGAGAAGGGAGUCGAGGUUAAAGUGAUUAUGUUUCCCAAUGAUGUACAUGGAAUCGAGAAACCACAAUCCGACUUUGAAAGCUUUCUCAAUGUUGGAGUCUGGUUCAAGAAGUAUUGUAAAUAAGCAUCCAUUUAAGAUCUGAUGCCAUUAUUUAUUAUUUUUUUUUUUUUCAAGAA